GCACCGCGCGGCAAGCCAAGAUGGAGGAUUUAAUGGUGGAGGUGCGCGGCUCUAAUGGAGCCUUUUAUAAGGCAUUUGUGAAGGAUGUGCAUGAUGAGGCUUUAACUGUUGCUUUUGAGAACAACUGGCAACCUGAGCGGCAGAUUCCUUUCCAUGAUGUUCGAUUUCCACCACCAGCAGACUAUCACAAAGACAUUAACGAAGGUGAUGAUGUUGAGGUGUAUUCUCGAGCAAAUGAAAAAGAACCUUGUGGCUGGUGGUUGGCAAAAGUUAGAAUGAUGAAGGGUGAAUUUUAUGUUAUAGAAUACGCCGUCUGUGAUGCCACUUUCAAUGAAAUAGUUACAGUGGAACGGUUACGACCUAUUAACCCUAAUAAACCUGCAACAAAAAGCACAUUCCACAAAGUAAAACUUGAUGUUCCAGAUGACCUGAGGCGUGUAUGUGCCAACGAAUCUGCACAUAAGGAUUUUAAAAAGGCUGUUGGCGCUUAUUGUGUGUACUUUGAUUCAGAAAGUAAUCAACUAAUUGUUUUGUCGACCAACGAAAUGACAGCAAAGCGAGCAAGCAUGUUGAGUGACAUGCAUUUCAGAAGCAUCCGGACAAAGUUGACUCUGAUGUUGAGGAAUGAGGAAGCCAGCAAGCAGCUGGAGAGCUCUCGACAGCUUGCGUCACGCUUCCAUGAGCAGUUUGUUGUACGAGAAGAUCUCAUGGGUCUUGCCAUCGGUACACAUGGAGCCAACAUCCAGCAAGCUAGGAAAGUGCCAGGCGUCACUGCAAUCGAACUGGAUGAAGAGACUUGCACUUUCCACAUCUACGGUGAGGACCAGGAGGCAGUCAAGCAAGCCAGAAAUUAUCUCGAGUUUACAGAAGACUCUGUACAAGUACCGAGGAAUCUAGUAGGAAAAGUAAUAGGCAAAAACGGAAAGCUCAUACAAGAAAUUGUAGACAAAUCAGGAGUUGUCCGUGUGAGAAUCGAAGGAGAUGGUGACAAAAAGAUUCCACGCGAAGAGGGCAUGGUUCCAUUUGUGUUUGUUGGAACAAAGGAGAGCAUAAGCAAUGCACGUGUUCUAUUGGACUACCAUCUGAACUAUUUAAAGGAGGUUGACCAGCUACGCAUGGAACGCUUACAAAUUGAUGAGCAACUUCGGCAGAUGGGUGCGGGAUUGAGGACCCCUGCAAACCGUCCCGACAAAGAAAGGGGCUACUCGACCGAUGAAAGUACAAGUUACUUGCGUGGGGGCAGACCUUACAGUAGUCGAGGGCGUGGCAGACGAGGCCCAGGCUAUGCAUCAGGUAAUAACUCUGAGGCAUCCAAUGCCUCCGAGACUGAAUCUGAGCACAGAGAUGAGCUGAGUGAUUGGUCACUGGCGCCAACAGAUGAAGAAAGGGAACCAUAUUCACGCCGGGGUGACAGUCGCAGGAGAGGGAGUGCUGGCCGUGGCCGUGGUGGAGGUCGUGGCCGUGGGAGCAACAAAAAUCCGUCAGCAACUUCAGAUGAAUUCUUGAGGGCAGACAUCCGUAAACGCAACUCAUCAAGAGAUUCAAAAACCAGGACGACAGAUGGCUCAUUGCAGGUAGCUUUUCGAUUGUGGUUUUAGGUUGCACAGUUGAAAUGGGGCUGCUCUGAUGUACAGUUUAUGAAGGCUGUAUUCUGUUAUUUAAGAAGUCUGAAGCUAAGUCUGUCAAAUUGCAUUUGUGAAGAUUGUUCCACUUGACGAAACAAAUUCCCAAUUCCUUCGCCUCCGCCGCAUCUGCUC